AUGCCAACAGUAAGUAUAACUCUCUUAUCCCUGGUUUUGUUUCUUCUGAGUGUGCAGUUCCUGAGACUACAGAGGAAAAGUCGUGGAUUUCCUCCRGGACCGACCCCAUUUCCUCUCAUUGGAAGCAUCUGGUGGAUAAAUUUCAGAGCUGAUCAUGGAAGCCUGAGUAAGCUGGCAAAAAUGUAUGGCAGUAUCAGCACGCUGUGGCUGGGUGACCAACCUCUGGUAGUUCUGCAUGGAUUCCAGGCUGUGAAGGAUGGUCUGACCACUCACUCAGAAGAUGUUUCUGGACGACUAGAGACAUAUGUCUUCAAGCGAAUGGCCAAUGGAAAGGGUAUCCUGCUUUCAAAUGGACUCAYCUGGAAAAAUCAGAGACGUUUUGGAAUUGGGACUCUCCGGAAGCUGGGAAUGGGGAAUAAAGGAAUGGAACAUGGAAUACAAACGGAAGCUCAUUAUCUAGUCAAGUUCUUCAGGGACACAAAUGGAGAAGCUGUUGACCCUUCCUUCCCCAUUGUUCAUGGUGUCUCUAACGUGAUCUGUGCUGUGGUUUUUGGACAUCGAUUCUCCCUAGAGGAUGAAACCUUCCGCCAGCUGAUCGAAGCAUACAAUUGUAUUGUAGCUUUUGGGAACAGCCACUUUUACUAUCUAUGUGAAAUGUUUCCCUGGCUUGUGAAUUACCUCCCAGGACCUCACCUGAAAGCAUCGUAUUACUGUGAUUUUGUCCGUUCCUUCAUAAGGAAGGAGAUACAAAACCAUAGAGAACGAGGCAGAAUAGAUGAACCACAAGAUUUCAUUGACUUUUAUCUGGAUCAGAUGGUGAAAAAUGAAAAUGUCCCCAAUUCUACGUUUGAUGAAGACAACAUGGUGCAGUCUAUUUUUGACCUCUUUUUGGCAGGUUCAGAGACCACUGCCACCAGUCUAAGAUGGGCYCUGCUCUUUAUGGUGGUUUAUCCUGACAUCCAAGAAAAAGUCCAGAAGGAGCUGGACGCUGUGCUGGGUCCCUCCCAUCUAAUCUGCUAUGAGGAUCGGAAGAAUCUGCCUUAUACAAAUGCUGUGAUUCAUGAGAUCAUGCGCUAUGGCAGCAUUAUUUUAAUCACAAUUCCUAGACAAGCAGUGAGGAAUACCACUAUGUUGGGGUAUCAGAUUCCCAAGGGUACACUCAUUAUGCCAAACAUAGACUCAGCUCUUUUCGACCCUAAGUACUGGGAAACUCCCCAUGAGUUUAACCCUGGUCAUUUCUUGGAUAAGGAUGGAAAUUUUGUGGCCAGAGAAGCCUUUUUAGCCUUUUCAGCAGGCCAGCGUGUGUGUCUGGGAGAGAUUCUGGCCAGGAUGGAGCUUUUCAUCAUCUUCUGCAAUCUGUUGCAGACCUUCAAGCUCACCCUACCAGAAGGAGUUAAGGAAGUCAACACACAGUGUAUCUUUGGGAGCACAAUGAAACCACAUCCGUAUAAGAUCUGUGCAGUUCUUCGCUAGGCUGCAAUGUAUCACAGAUUUGAGGGAGAGGCUUUUCCACAGGCUUGCUAGUGAGGUGAUCUUUUGUGCAGCUUUUAUGUACUUUAUUUCUAGCACAAAUUCAGCGUGAAUCUAUCCCUGUCAGGUCGUGUCAAAUCUCUGCAUGUUUUGCUUUGUAUUGUAAA